GUCUCGUUUUAUGACAACAUCAGUCGCUCCAGGCAUAUAUCUAAAUACAUUCAUUUGUAAUAAAUAUUUAAACCACCAUCACAUCAUCUAAAGACCAGACACCUCACAUAACCAAGAUUAUAAUUCGAAGCUGAGCACCCAAUAUGACAUCUGAAAACUCUAUCACUCGCGUCCUAGCCAACAAGUACUCACCUAGCGGCGCCCCGAGCCUCGACAACUUCAAGGUCGUGUCCGCCCCGGCCCCCACUAAGGACUCACUUAAGGAGAACCAGGUUUUGGUCCGCAACCUCUAUCUUUCUGUUGAUCCGUACCAGCGUGGUCGUCUGACCGGCGCUACAAACAGCUAUGUCCCCCGCUAUGAGCUUAAUGAGCCGAUUUCCAACUUUGGUGUCGCUGUUGUGGAGGCAUCAACCAGCACUGACAUUGUUGAAGGUGAUAUCGUCUAUAUUAAAGUAGCACCCUGGGAGACCAAGUCAGUUGCGGAUGCUGCUGCUGUGCGCAGGCUUCCACACAGUACUAUUGACAAUGCCCGCGACUUUAUUACAGUCUUCGGUAUGGCAUCAUUCACUGCCUUUGUCGGUCUGACCACGAUUGGUAAGCCAAAGGCUGGUGAGACCAUCCUCGUUUCUUCGGCGUCGGGUGCUGUUGGCCAGAUUGUCGUUCAGCUUGCCAAAGCUCGUGGUCUGCGGGUUGUUGGUGUUGCUGGCUCAGACGACAAGGUUGAACUUGUCAAGAGCAUUGGUGCCGACGCUGCCUUCAACUACAAGACAUGCGGAACCUUCACCGAGGCAAUCAAGCAGGCUGCUCCUGAGGGCAUUGACAUCUACUUUGACAACGUCGGUGGCAAGUUCCUCGAUGCUGCUCUGGCCAACAUCAACUUUGGUGCUCGCAUUGUUUCCUGUGGUAUGAUUUCCCAGUACAACGUCAAGUCGGCUGACGAGGCAUAUGGUCUCAAAAAUACCUUUAAUAUCCUGAUCAAGGCUGCUAUAUUCCAAGGGCUGUUUCUUCCCAAGUACGCUGGAACACAAGUUGAGAGCGAUUUUGUCACUGAAGUUGGCAAACUGUACAAGGAAGGCAAGCUUCGGUACCGCAUCGAUGAGACCACUGGUCUGGAGAACGCUCCUCAGGCAGUUCUGAACCUGUUUGACGGUAAGAGCUUUGGCAAGAGCGUUGUCAAGGUGUAG